AUGGCCGAAGUGGUCCUCGCGAACGGUACAAACAUCACCUUGCUGCAAGCUCGCGAAUUUCUCGAGUUCUACCACCAAUUUCACAACCUCCAGAAACCCACGAUCAUGACAUUCACUCUCCCGCAUCUGCAGGAUGUCACAUCUGCAGUGAUGAUGGUCGGUUCGCAGCGUCUGGCGAAUGGCAAAGGCAAGAACAAACAAAUUGCGAUACGAAAUUGCCAGUUGAAGGCGGCAAUAAACCUGGAGCUGUACGAUCCGGAGUUGUGGAAGGCGUUCGUCGCGUUCGAGCGGGAAGCCAAGACCAGCUCGAGUAAUUCGCGAGAAUACUAG